GAAAAUUUUACAUAAAUUAAAAUACGAAAGAAGAGGAUGAGGAUGUUAUGAUAAAAAAAAAGUAGGUGAUGGAUGUUGUGGUAAUGUGAUUUAAGAUUUUGGCAAUUUUUGUGGUGCUAAAAUACAAACAAUAUAGAAGAGAAUGUUGCUAUGAAAUAUUUCAACAGUGAUUUUAAAAUUUGCAUUGGUGCUAUUAAACAACAGUCAUGUCAACAAAAUCCGAACAAUUCUCAAACAAGAUCCGUAACUUGACUGAUUAUCAAAACCGUGUCAUCAACAAUGCAGUGCCAAAACCAAAUGGAACAGAUAUUGCUAAUACCCUUAAGUAUUUUUCCCAUACACUUGGCAACAUUUUACAGAAUGCGGCAGAAGAAUGCAGCUCUGUGAAGCAUAUACCACCACGACGUCGUGUGAACGCAAGACUUUCUAAUUAUCCGAGCCUCGACUACAACCAAUUCUACGAAACAUUAGUUGGACUUAUAGAUAUCGUGGAGAAGAUAGAGUUUGGCCAAUAUGUGCUUGGAAAUGCUAUCAUAUCACUAUUUGGAACCAUCAUGUGGUUUGUGGAUCCAGAAACCGUUGAUACUAUUCCACAUACCGUAGCAUCCACGCUGGCGAUCUUCCCGCAGGACCUACAAAAGACGACCGUGAACCUACUAACAAGCCAAUUGAUACCAGUAGCCUUGACUGAAGUGCAGAAUAUUGGCGAGGAAAACUACGCUAACAUGUCAAUGGUAACUGUUAUCAUGCUGGUGUUGGAACAUUGUAAGCAUCCUGCUCUCCAAGCUAAAACAAUUGAGUGUAUCAUGACGUACAAGAAAGAUGUGUUUAAGGACAUGAUGUGCACUAUAGCCCACGGCCCAUCCAAGGCAAGAGCGCACGCUGCCAAUCUGCUGUUCUAUUACUGGCCCUCUCUCGCCCCCAGCAGAGUUGACCCCAGAGAGUUACCAAACACAGCUGCUUGGGAACCAAUCGUGUGUCAAAGGAAAGACUGCUUGAUACCUACCAACAAUGCUGCCCUCAAGAUGUGUAUGGACUUUGGAGUGGCUGGUAAAUACAGCAAUAACCCUGCACCCCCAGUGUACCUGUGUUCAGACUGCUGUGAAUUGGUUACAAGGGAAACCCACAAGCCACUUGUUCCAGUCCUAGGUCCAAGAGAAGUUAUUUCUAAAGAAUGUGAAAAUAAGAAUUGUCAGUCAACAGACCGAGCGGUCACAUUUGUAUGUUUUUCACCGGCUUGUACAAGUCUACACAGUCAUCGUCCAAUGAGCUACUGCAAAGCUUGUUUCUCCUAUAAUCACAAAGAGGCUGUCAAUCACAUCUUCCAGGAGUUCCCAGAAGAUCCCUGGGCAAGGGAAAAGGAGAUGCAGUCCUAUUUCACAGAGGCCAUUGUCAGUCUUUUGAAGGAAGCACAACCAGUUGAAGAAGAAUUAAAAGCAAGUGGAAAUUCCGAGAAUGCCCAUGAGGAGAAGUACACGCACACGCAUGAUAACGACGUGCACGAGUCCAAGUUGAAUCUUGAUGAUCCACGCAUGCUUAGCCGCUUUGGGAUUUGGCUUUUAGUUGAAAAAUGUCAACCAAGUGAGAAAGCAGAUGGAGAGGUCAUAGGUCGACUGUUAAACAUGCUGUUUCAGUGGUAUUUUUAUACAUCAAAAGUUCCAGAUGAUGAUGUUGGAAACUGUGUUGAGAAAUUGAAGCAAGAUUAUGUUUCUGGUUGGUUAUCAAAUGUUCGCUCCAACUGUUUCAAUGUGUUUGUUUCUUGCUUAUUACCUCAACCACCUCAGUAUGCAAGAGUCGGAGGUCACUGGGACACUCUGUGCAGCAAAACUACUGAGAUCGAACAAGGACUACAGGUCAUCUUUAGUUUGACACUCUACAAUUGUGUCACAUUUGAGGUUUGGGACAGCAUCAUGCCACUCUGGAUGGAAGCCAUCCACAAGAACAUCAGUUAUGAUGAUCUGUCUCAACUUCAGGAGAUCUUGUGCAAGUUGUUCUCCACUGACAUCCCUCUACCCUUCAGCAAUGAUAAGGUAUUCCACUUCAUCUCCGUCAACUUCAAAGGACCGAGUACUGCUCAGAUGUUUCAGUCUCUGCAAUGGCUUCAGAUAUUGUGUGAAUUGGACAUAUCAUUGCCCUUUGACCUUCUGGUGUCAAUGUUCAACGAUGGUAUUACAUGGAUGAAAGGACCCCACACCAAGCAGCAACAGGAAACUAAGAAACGUUAUCCAUCACAACCCAGCUCAGGGAGUGUGCAAAGCCCACAACCAGACACCCCCGAAGUAACGGUGGACUCUCCCACUAUCCUUAGCAUGCAGGAUAGUGUUUUCUUAGAUCCUGAAGAAGAUGUAAAUCUCCAGUGCUUUGUGGUGAUGUUGGAUUUGAUCCUCAGAAAGUAUGAUUCGCAAAGUUACCAGUCGCACCUUGGCCUAGAACACAAAGAAUCUAAGGAGACACUAAGUGUGAUAAUGAGUAUGUUACAAGCCCCUUGGGGUGGGGCUCAUUGCUGUACCGUAGGGGAUGAGAGCAAAGAAUGUAGCCUCUGUGAUCUGUCCGCUUUAUGGUUCCAACUCGCGUUACUGAUCAUCGAGACAAUUGCCGGGGAGAAUGAGACUAAAGUGACAGACAUGCCAGAAGUUUCCGAGUAUGAAUUUGACACAAAGAUUAAAAGACUGAUACAGUUCCAGAAAGAUUGUCCCCAGAAGGAUAAGAAUCAAGUAAAGGGCGAAACGCCAGACAAACCAAAACCGAAAAAACUUGGCCAACAGGUGAAAGCUCAAUCAUUUGACCUAGGUCAGGUGCAAUCCAUUACACGGUCAGGUAAGGCAGAUGCAAGAGGUGUCCCAGGCAGGGGAAACAUCCCACGACUCCAGAAGGUAUCAGAAGACAGCUUCACUUAUGACCAAAAUGGUGAGGACGCUGUGUUUGUCCACCUGCAGGAACAGUCGACAUGGGACACAAGUUAUGGCGAAGUGCACUUCAAGAUAUCUGAACUGCCCCUACCUCUUCAAAUCUUUACAGCAUUGGUCAAGGAGCUGCCAAAGCAUGAUGAUUCUGUGGUGUUACAUUACCUCAUCAACUGUAUUCGUAUUGUUUGUCUGAAUGAGGAGUGUCUGCGAGGUUCUGUUAAGGAUAAUAUUGCUUUCCUUGCCUAUGCCCAGGAACAUCUUCUCAUUCCAAACUUGUGGAGAUUGAUGCAAGGAGAAUUAUCUCACCUGGUAUCGCUUAUGGUUCCCAUCAUGAAUCACUGUCUAGCGUUACCUUGUGGAGCUGAUGCCCUCUGGAGAAUUGUCGAUAGUGAUGUUGGAAGUGAAGACUGGCAGACCAGGUUUACAGGAGUUGAAUCACUCGGUGUGUUUUUGCGAUUUGCGGACCAGCGGGCAAUCGGCACCAACUCUGUGAUCAUGAGUACGCUUGCUCAUCUAUUCAGUAGCUUGAUUGGCUGUGUAGAAGACAUUUGUCCGGCAGUUGCGACUCGCACUGUUGUUAUGCUCGAGACAAUUCCGGCCAAUGCUCUUAAGGUAUUGAUCCAUUGCUUAGAAUUCCAAUGGGAUUCAGUACUCGAGGAUCGUGCACUCAUUCUAAGCCGUCUCCAUCAGUUGAAGCAUUUUCUACCAGGCCCUUCAUUCUUUACGUGGGAAUUCUUCAUGAAUCGUCUUGAUACGUUAUCCGUCGAAGCACAGGUUGAUCUUGAUCAAAAUAGGGAAUUCCCCUUUCCAGUUGCCGAGAAACGUGACACGCUCAGUGGCAAGCAACCGUCAACGGAUUUGGCUCGCUCAAGAACUGUGUCAGGUGAGAAGACCGAAAAACAUCAGACAAAGUUACAUCGUGCCAUGAUCAUACGAACCCAAUCAGACACGCCACAGUCCAAACUACGUCAUCAGCUCACACCCUCAACCUCCGGAUCAACUAAACGCCACUACCCACGAAGUGAAUCUGCUCCAACGAAUCUCUGGGCAUUUAGAAAAGGGCACUUCAGGUCUUCUGAACGAUCCACCUACAGUAACCAGUCUUCACCUGAAAACCUGCUAAGCCUAGGAUCCCUUGCUGAAGAAGUCUUUGAAGAUGGCCAUUUGGGUCCGCUAGAAGAGGGACAUGCUUCGACCACAACUGAUGCUCAAUCUAAUAUACUUGAUCUGGCAUUCAUAGAUAAAGAAACAGUUCAUCAAUUGAUUACACUGCUGAUGAGGUUCAUGGCCAAAGCUGAGUGUAGUGAUGACGAUCAAAAUGGUUCUAGUAAGGCUAUGAUGACUGUUAUACGUCAUUUGUAUGCACUAGUCGGAUUCAGCAAGUUGGACAAACUGUUCACCAUCGCACCUCAUCAGCUGAGGGAGUCCUCCGUAUUUAAUGCGUUCAUUGCAGGAAUCGCCAAGGUCAUGGAUUACAACAUUAAGUUGGGCAAAAAGAUUUUACCCCUAGUGGUUGAGCUACUGAAGUACUGCCCCUCCCCGCAGAAGACACCACACCACCGACAACAUCAAGACUACACCCUGUUUUUCUUGGAGCCACACUGUAGACAAUCCUGGUUGAUGACAAUACUUGUUAUACUCUACAAGUAUGAUUUAGACUCAAUGGACCUGAAAAGCACUUUAGAAGUUCUGAUAAGGAUUUGCAUCAAUACCAUCGAGGGACAUGUACACCAGUGUAAGCCCAAGCUGCCUGAACCACCUCAACCAGAAGACAUCUGGGGAGCUACCAGUGAUGUUGCAGACCCACCUAAGACAGAGCCUGCUCCCAGAAAUCUUGGUUUUGACAGUGACUCCGGCAAAGGUUUCACUCCAGGGGGAGUCCCACUUUACUCUUCGACACCCAAUAAGGAAUUGGUUGGGAACAGCGGACAAUCACAGACAGUCUGUAAGAUGUUGUAUUUAUCAGACGACACCUCAUCUCGAGUUGUCCCUGGCAACAUUGUCUCAACGAUUGUUGAAGAAGAAGAGAAUGCGGAGACCAUUGAGAUGCUGGAACCAAUCAAGGAGGCGAGUUUAGAAACUGCCACCGCAAGAGUCAUGUUUGUUGAGAAGGAGGAGGAAGUCGUUGUCACCAGUAAACCUUGUGUUAUUGAGGAAGAACCUGUGAUAGAGAAACAGAUCACAGAUCCAUCGUCAGAGGAGAAGCAGAAGAUCCCGAUUACAGUCCGUAAUCGACGGAAGCGAAAGAAGGCCAUCGUGAAUAUUGCAACAACACCUGAUCGUAAAGUACCCAAUCAGAGGAUGAGAGGGAAACGGAUUCAUAAAAGAUCGGAGACGCUGAGAGGAUCAGAGAGAAGAAGCAGCGUUCACUCAGCUGUCAGACGUUACAAUGAAGACAAAAAUAUCAUGGCUCUGAACAGAUGUUCUGACUGCAAUGCUAUUUUAGAAGAAUAUGAUGAAGACACCAUUUCAUUGGCAAUUGUUGUCUUGGCAACUUAUAUCCAUAAGGAUUUGGACUUUGCAGCACCAUUCCUACUGGAAGUGCUUCAGGUGGUUGGCAGAGUUGCCUCAGCCACAUUCUAUCCAUGGCAAAAUGAUAUAGUUGGGAGUCCUCCAGGUCAUGUUUGCUCAGUUGCUAAGCAGUUCCUGCGAUGCAUUUGCCACCAACUUGCCCCCAAUGGUAUCUUUGUCACACUGUUCCUCAGCAGAAUUGAAGAUCAAACAUUUCUGAAGACAUUAGCUCUAGCCCUUGAUGACUUUGGUGAACUUUCUGCCAUGGAUGCUGUGCAUCGCUUGCUGGAGGGAAUUAAUCGAAAAACCAAUCUGCCUCCGAUGCGUAUUCAGCGUGCGAUAUUGAAUCUCGCUGACUAUAUGGAAGAGCUCCCUCUGGAGGGUGUUGGAGCAUGGGCAAAUCUCACAGUUCAUUUUGACAUAUUCUUCAAGAAAAUCAUUGCUGUUCUACCUGAAAAUUGUGAUGUAUCACCUUUGUUCCGCAUUAUGCUGGUUCUUCUCAAAUGUCCAGCGGUCAAGAAUUUGACCGCUUUACUUGAUUCCUUCAGCAAAAUCAUCUCAUUCACGAUUCAAAAAGCAAGAUUUAAGAUCCAACAACUUAUGGAGUUGUGCUCAUUAGCAUACAGGACCUUCAGUAAAGAUCGUGAAAGGUUGUCGCUAUCUCGUUGUGUGGUGGUUGAGUUAAACAACGCCCUCAAGUUUAAGAUAUCAAUCCCAGAUGCUAAUUUGAUUGAGCUGGUGCAGUUUGUGUGCAUCGAUGCUGGAGGACGGAUCAGCGAAUCUUUCUUUGAUGAGAUGAAAAUGAAGCAACUCCAGUCAUCAUGGUGUUCAACUGGUGUGUUGGAAUGUAUGAGGAGCUACAUAAACGAAUAUAUUGAAUUCAUCGGUGACCUCCAUGCCCUCUCGAAGGUCAAGGUUAGUAACAUUUACCCUCUCUCUUCAAUUAUCUAUUUUUACAUCAAUCGACAGCUGUGGACAAUGUACUGUGAACAGUUUGCUAUGAUGAGCUAUCCACACAGUGAGCAGCACAACACAGCAAUUCUUGCCAUCAUGGACUUUUGGGGGAGAGUCACGCCUGGAGUUCUACAGCUUUUGUCUCACUCUAAAGUGGAUGCUCGGAUGGAGUUGGCUGAGCGGGUAAACAUGCACUUUUUGAGUUUGAUGGAAGCAUUGUUAGAAUGUCACUCAUCAGCGUUACCCAAGUUACUUCCGAUGUGGAGCCCAAUUCUGUUUAGCUACCAUUCAAAGGUAACAGUAAGCUCUUCCAAACAUUUUUUUUACAUAUUAAAUUCUUAUAUAUAUAUAUAUACUUCCUUUAUUCGGCUCUUAAGGGGAAACAAUUUUGUCUAUGAUUUCACCUCAACAUCGUUUAAGUUUUCCCUUAGCAACAUGACUUUCGCCUUAAGGUGCUGUACUCAAGUUCGCCUACAGACCAUUCUGAACAACCCACCACCAUCGUUGACGAAAGGGGAGGUUAACAACUUCAACUGUAACAUCCGCAUCUGCUGGUUGAAAGGCCUGCAGUUCAAGAUGGGGCAGAUCGAGGUACAGUGGUCCAAUGCAUCCCAGUACCUACCAGUGUGAGGACUCACUUCAUCUUUGUUCUUCUACAGGAUGGGGUAGAGGACCAGUGGUCCAGUUUAAGGGUCAGCCACUUUCCAUAACACUUCUGAUUAAAAACCAGUUUUCUGUUUUUGAACCAACACUAGAAGCAUAUUAAAGCUGGUUAAUUUGUGUAUGUUUAGUAUGUAUAAUGACUUGGUGCUACUGUAUAUUAGUAACUCAUACUCUAAUUGUAACCCACCAUAAUAACCAAGCAAACAAGAUGUUUUACAGUACAAAUAUCAAUAAAUAUCAUUCUGCCUUGGCCAAAUUCUUAUUUCAAUUCUAUCCCGGGACACUGAUUGCGUUUCAUAGGCCCUCAUGCAGGAAGAAAUACAAUAAAACGUCCAUUUUACGAAUAGUCGAUUUUACGAAUGGUCUUUGCCCCUGAUGACGUCAUGACCCAUCAAUUAAUUACUGUAAAACAGUCCGAUUGCGCACGUUUUACUAAGUGAUAAUGUAUAUUUUUCUUGAUAAAAUCAAGUUUGUUGUAUAGGUAUUUUGAUAUUAAUAGUUCCAUCUUUUCUUCUAUUUCUGGUAUAAUAAUCACUAUAUUAAUGUAAUAAACCUAACCAGAACAACGAACUACCAAUGCUAGUGUCGUCAGAUUGAGCGCACAUGUUUACGAUGACGAAAGAGAGUGUUGGGGUCACCAACUUACUGACAUCGUGAAUGCUGGAUAUGAUCGCGAAAUGCAUGUAAACAUUUCAGCAAUCUAACAACUAGAAAGAACACGAUAGAAAGGUCCAUAAAACAUACAGAUGUUUGAAUAGGAUUAAAUAACAUUUUGUUAUGAAGAAUGCCAGCGAUUAAAAUAAUUUGGUUUUUAUCGAAGAUAAAUUCAGCUAGGCUCUAGCGCGAUAGACCACGCUGCUUCACUGUCAGUUCAUGCUAGGCCUGGACGCUGUCAGCCUAUCGGCGCUCAAUAGCAGGCGAUAGCUAGACCUAUGUAUUGGAAACUGAAACCCGAUCUAAUUUACAAAUUUUUCAAUUUACAAACCCCUUGGUACCAAGGGGUAUGUAAAAUGGACGUUUUACUGUAGUUGCUUUCUGUGUGAGGAUAGUGAGCAUAGGGAACAACUGGGAAGUAGAUUGUUUGUUAGUAACUAAUUGACUGGUGUAUAACCACACAUAAAGAUACAAACAUUUCACUCUGCUACAAAAUCAGUAUACUGUAGAAACAUGGUAUGUGUUUAAUUUCUUUCACCGUAAUGUAACAAGUAUUUUUUACCAUAUACUUUUCACCAAAAAUGAUGUUUUCUGUGUUGUAUUGUAGAGUACUCAUUUGAGUAAAUUUCAUGUGUGUGUUAACGAUAUUUGGUUAGCUGUUUUAGUGAUUGAUUGUGGUGGUAAAUUCUAUUGUAAUUUCUUGUCUACCCAUUUAGCGUAUUUUUUUAUUUCAAAACAUCCAAAUAUGAAGAAACUAUACAAUAAACAUAUCACACGGUAUAAUGUAAAUUAUCUAUGUACCAGUGUCAACAUCCUAAACAUUCAUGUGAUUAUAUUAAGUGAUAAUCCCACUGAUAUUCUAAACACAUCCGGAAAUUUCAUAUUACUAAUACUAUUUCCAUAUUUAUAUACAAGUGUAUACAUUUUUAUGAUGGUAGUUUGCAAUGUAUUGUUGCAAUCACAAUUCUGACUCUCAUUACUACUUGGUAACUUUACCAACUGAGCUAUUAGGCCAAAUUGCUAUACAACAUAGGAUUAUUUUCCUCCAUUAGGACAUUUUUUAAUCAAGGUAUUCAGUAGCGAAUUCAAGGGGAUGGCAGGCCAAUGCCCUCCUACACCCAAUUAGUCAAAAUUAAUUUUUAAAAUGGUGAGAAAAAGAAAAUGAUGUUACUGUAAGUGCUUGAAUAGGCGCUGCGGCGCUUAAUCAUGAGUAUAUAAUAUUACACUGUGUGUAAUGAAACAGGGUUUUAAAUUCAAUGUACACAGUGUUAAAAUAAAUAAAUAACACAACGAAGAUACAAUCAUUUCAUGUUUACGAUGAUAGGACCCAUGAUAGACCUAUUUAACUACGGGAAUACGUGAAGUAAGUAACAUUGAAACGGUCAUGGAAAGUGCCACGCCAGUAUUUUUUUUAAGCGCCGCUCUCGAAUAAGCGCCGCACCGAAGCCUCCAACAAUUUUAUAAGCGCAGUGGCGCUUAUAUAAUUUCCAGCCAUCCAGAGGUGCCAUAAUCAUAAAUCUUUGCACCUCUGCCCCAACCAUGUUGGGUCUAAGGUGGUCCAGACCCUCCAUCCCUAGGCCGCCUCUGUGUCAAAUUCCUGAAUCUGCCACUGGUAUUGUAUAAUUCACAAUCUAUAAAUAUUUAAACAUUGAAGUUAUGAAAAGUAAGAGGUAGUCAUUUUAUUUAGCAUUUGCCAAUGGCUACCCUAUUUAUUUAUCAGAGUAUCUUAGUAUUGUCUGUAAAGAAUAGCUAUUUUUGCAAUUAUUAUCUACUUCGUGCUUUUAUCCAUUUUCUGAAUACUUAUCUGGAUGAAUCGGUAAAUGCCAAUAUUAUUCCUAUGAUUAAUUUCAUUAUUUAUCAUUUUUAUUUGACAAACUUUUACUUUAUAUUCAUAAAACCAAUUAGAUGAAUUUUUAAAUUAUAAUUUAUGAAUUGUUAAAAUGUAGUAAAAUAGCUUUUAAUUUUUUAUACACAGAUAAGAGUAUUAUUAAUUAUAUAUUAGUGACAUAAGUAAGAAAUAUGGUAUUUUGCGUGCAAUCUGACCAAGGAAGAUACCCUGUGCUUCUGAACAAAACAUAUAUAAAAUAAUAUAGUAUAGUGUAUAGUAUUUAUCAUGAUGUGAAAAUGUACAGUAGUGUAGUAGAGUGUAGUAAAAAUAUAUUAUGCUUUUUACAUUUAUGUUAUUAGCUGUUGCAAAGCUAUGUGUGUUUUCUCCAAAUAAAUAUAACGAUAAUAUAUACAA